UCUUCCUUUCAUAUUCGUAAUCUAUUAGCCAACCUCCUCAUCUCUCUCUCUCUCUCUCUCUCUCUCACGUCCACUUUGAGUUUGACCCGUUGCCAGCCACCGGCAACUCUCUACUCCAAUGGAGACCCCACCCACUCUCUAGAGGAUCUUCUCAGUGGAAACAUUUGUUGAGUCUUCUUUUUCUACAGCAGAAAGCUUAAAUAAGCUACCCUUUUCUUUCAUCUAUCUUUUUCUUUCUCCAAAAACCCUAAUCCAAGCCAUACACUGCUGGCUCUAGAGGAAGAAGAAGAAGAAGAAGGAGAAGCGAAGAGAGAGAGAGAGAGAGAGAGAGAGGUGUGGGGGGGCCUUACAUCUCACAUAUGCCAUUAGCCUUUUACAGUUCAACCUCCUUUUGUUUUUGGUUUGCUGCUGCUUUUCUCUCUAGCCAUCGUAAUCAACAUCUGUGCCCAAAUUUUCUUUUCUUUUCACAGAAACUUUUGUUGAUAGUGCAAGACAAGGAAGAGAUAUUGCCUCCAUUUCAGAUCAGGCUUUAAAAGAUAUGGGAACUUUCUUUAAAGCUGAUUUAGAAGAUAUAUGGUGGUUAAUUAUUCAGUCUCGAUUUUGUUGCUGAUGGGUUGUUUUGCAGCAUCCCCAUAAUUGCUCUUUCAAAUUAUCUUUUCCGCCUGUGCAACUUGGCAACUAUCACCAUCUCCUUUUCGGGCUCCGCCAUCAAAAACUAAUUUCUUUGUCUUUUUUCCUUUUCAUUUAAGUAAUGGAUUCUGGAAAUAGUGGUAGUAUGCAAUCCUCAAGUGGUGAUGAAGAGUAUGAUUCAAGGCCCGAGUCACUCCCAGCUUUCUUGAAUCCUUCUGGCCACUUUGGUCCUUCAUCUUCAAACCCACAACAUCAGCCUUCUCUUCUUCCUCACCACCAACAACCCACUUUGUUUGAUCCUUCACCAAAUCUUUUCCAUGCUUUCUCUCAGUCGCCCACAAACCCAAAUCCCAAUACCUCACUACUAAACAUCGACGUGGUUCGGCCACGAGGCUUGAGAUCUGACCCGUAUUGCACCGACCUCAAUAGCAACCUUCUAGGUUCCCAAGCAUCAUCAAGCCAAUCAUUCUUGGGUGCUCAAGGAUCAAAUCAAGGUCCGCUUCCAUCUAUGCAAUUGAGAUCCGUACAAGACAAUGGAGCUCGCUCUUCUUCUCCUUCUGAUCAAAUCCCUGCAGUAGCCCGAAAUCCCAAGAAGCGAACAAGGGCAUCCAGAAGGGCGCCCACUACAGUUCUCAACACGGACGCGUCCAAUUUUAGAGCAAUGGUGCAAGAGUUCACAGGGAUCCCAGCACCACCAUUUUCAGGCUCGCCGUAUUCUCGCAGGCUCGAUCUUUUUGGCACAGUUGGGUCGAGUAUGAGGUCUGGCCAGUUGGAAACAAUGGGCUCACUUUACCCUUUUCGUCCCUCGGCUCAGAAGGUUCAUCAACCAUCUUCAUUUUUAUUCUCCUCCUCAUCUUCUUCUUCCUUUUCAUUGUUGAACAAUACUAUUGUCGAUGCUACUAAUACUGCUACUACUACCAAUGAUAACAAUACAAUGACCUUAUCCAUUCCAACCACAUCUAGUAAUUUCAAUCCAGCUUCUAUUAACUAUCAACUGCCUUCUGAUAUAGGCCUUCCCAAACAACCUCAAAAUAUGUUAAACAUGCAAAACCAAAUGCUCUCAUUUCAGUCCCUUCUACAGCCUACUGCUCUUCACCCCUCACUUAAUACCGAUGGUUUGGGUGCAAAGUCUCAAGCGAACAUGUCUUUACCUUCGCUUGAGGAACUGGGUAUGAGCCAUGGACAAAUUAAUGUAAAAGUGGGUGGACUACAGAGUCACGGAACAACAGAAGGGAUGCUAUUGAGGAAUGAUACUUUAGGAUCAAACAACAAUGGGAAUCAAGAUCACUUGAGGUCUCUUGAUAGCUGUAAGUUAAACUACUCAGCUCCUUCAUCGGAUUUUCACCAUGACAAAAGUUUGGAGAAUGUUCCUCUAAGAGGUGAAGGUACCGUCGAUUCAUGGAUUUGUCCUUCAGAGUAGGAGAUUAAUGAGAUCAAAUGGCUAGCUUCAGGGAGUACAAAAGAGAAAGUAGACUAUUGAUCAGGAAGGUUUUGCUGCAACUAAUUAACCAUGAUCAGAACAGUAGUGUGUUGUUUGUAAUCAUGGUCAUGAUGAUGAGGCUAAGAUUGUGUUUUUAACCUCAGUCUCACUGCUCCUUUGGUUUAGAUUACAGCAUCAUCACAUAUCAUAUGUUUCUUUCUUUCUUCUUCUUCUUCUUCUUCUUUCUAAUAAAUAAACAAGAAUUUUCGUGCCAAA